CUGGCCCCGAGCCUUUUUCUUUUUUUAAAUUAUCGACCUACCUCUUCCUUUAUCACUCUGAAACUGACGUGAACAUUUUACCAGUGACAAUGUCGAAAGAGUCUGCAAUCUUUGACCAGCUUCCCUUCGACAUUGUCUCGACAAUCUUCUCAUUCGUACACCAAGCCGACGUCUUAACCUGUAUGGCUGUCUGUCGCGCUUGGUACGACCGAGUGCCGCAAUAUACCGAAAAACUAUGGAGAACCAUACAUAUUACAUCUCCCGAUGUUCUUACUGCUUCCUAUCGUCGCGACCGUUGUCUAGGCAGCCACGUAAAAUCAGUCGUGUUUGAAACAGUGCCUGAGGAACAAUUAUAUUCCACAAUGCGGAAGCUUGUUGAACUUGGCUGUGAUGGAAUCGAAACACUUGGUAAGAAUAAGUUUUACUAGCAGCCGUAUCUUGGUAGAGCAGAGACUAAAUAGCGCUUUCAAUAGAGCUUGUGGAUUGCACAACAGUGGAUCAACACACAUUCCUUGCGGUGCUGCGCCAGCUCGCUACUCGGUUGACUCACUUGAAACUCAG